CCCCUUAUCUUCUCACACUCCAACCCCAUUUUAAAAAGCCUCUCUUAGUUUCUCUCUUCUCCACUUGGAUACACAUCCAUUGGUCUAGCUCAAACUUCAAUGGGAACUUCUCCUCCAGAAAGGCUUUCCACUGAUCGGAAAAGGGUGGUUGGGGAGCUGGUUCAUGGCCGGGAUCUGGCGAACCAGUUGCAGAUUCUGCUACGUGAGCCCUUUUCCGAUCAGGGGUCGGUGUCAGCUGAGGAUCUGGUGGUGAAGAUCUUGAGAUCCUUCACGGAGGCUCUCUCUGUGCUGAGGUGUUAUGACCAGUCCGGCGAUGCCGGCGGGGAGAGUCCGGCGGAGAGUGGGAACUACAAGGUGUUGAAGAACAGGCGGGGCUGUUACAAGAGGAGAAAAAAUUCUGAAACAUGGACUGCGGUCUCCUCCACUAUAGAAGAUGGCCAUGCAUGGAGGAAAUAUGGGCAAAAGGAGAUCCUCAAUGCAAAAUUCCCAAGGAGCUACUACAGAUGCACGAGGAAGCAUGAGCAAAGCUGCCGAGCUACGAAACAAGUACAAAGAAUGAAGGAGAAUCCCAUAAUGUAUCACACAACAUACAUUGGCCACCAUACUUGCAGAGAUAUUCUCAAGGCUCCCCAGUUCAUUGGAAGCUCUUAUCCUGGCUAUGAUUCUAAUAAUAUGGUUGGGUCUGAAUCAAAGAUCCCAGAAGAAGUUCAGGAAAUGAAACCAGAACUUAUAAAGGAGGAGACAGUGGUGAGUGAUCUCACUUCAGACAAUGUUUCUUCAAUGGAUUCUAUCAAUUUAUGGUCAGGUUUAGAGGCUUUGGACUCAUUCAUGCCCGCAAUGGUUACUCAAAGAGGGGGGUCUGAUGAUCAUGGGAAUCAAGAUCAGAAUGUGGAUUCCACCAUGUAUUCAAGAAAUGCAACCACCACUACUACUGCUACUACUGCUUCUCAUAAUACUGACAUGGACUUUGUGCUUGGGUGUCUGGAUUUUGAAGGUGAUGAUCAGUUUCAGUUUGAUGAAAGUCCUUUUCAGUUUUUCUAGGUAAUUAUUAAUCCUCGUCAAGAAAUGUAGAAAACCCCCAGAGGUUUUGCUGUACAUACUGUUGUACUACUACUAAUUUCAUGAAAUGAAAAUGCUUGUGUUCCUCAUCUUAAA